UUAUUGGAACGAAAACGAAAGGAAAAGAAGAAUGAAAAAUAAAUCGUAGAUAAAUGAUAAUAAGGAGAUUAUGGAUGAAUAUUCAAUCUUAUUCAUCAGGUUUAUAGAAAUGUAAAUGAAAGAAAAUGUUGCUUGAAGAUUCAUUGAAGUUACUAAAUUAUGAUCCGGACAAAAUGAAAAACUCAUUUUCAAUUAAUACUUUUAAAUCAUUUUUAUGAAAGAAUUUCAUUUGCUUCUCUUCUAUGGAAGUUCCAUUUUUCCAGAAUGUAUCCUGAUUUUCGGCCUAUUCCUUCUUCUAGUGAUCGACUUCAUUUCUGAUCAGAAAAAGACAACUUGGUUUUAUUUCAUCUCUUUAACCAGUUUAGUGCUAAGCACAGCCUUUUUGCUAUUUCAAUGCAGAGAAGAACCUACAAUCAGUUUUUUUGGUAAUUUCCAAACAAACAAUUUUAAUAAAAUAUUUCGGUUUCUAAUUUUAUUAUGUUCCACUUUAUGUAUUCCUCUAUCCGUGGAAUACAUUCAAUGUACAGAAAUGGCUGUAACAGAGUUUUUGCUUUUCAUAUUAACAACUACUCUAGGAGGAAUGUUUUUAUGUGGUGCUAAUGAUUUAACAACUAUCUUCGUAUCUUUAGAAUGUUUAAGUCUAUGUUCUUAUCUAUUAUCUGGAUAUACCAAAAGAGAUGUACGGUCUAAUGAGGCUAUUAUGAAAUAUUUACUUAUGGGUGGAACAAGUUCUUCCAUUCUUGCUUAUGGCCUUUCUUGGCUAUAUGGUCUAUCUGGAGGAGAGAUUGAACUUCAAGAAAUAGCCAAUGGUCUUAUAAAUACACAAAUGUAUAACUCUCCAGGAAUUUGGAUUGCACUUCUAUCUAUAACGGUAGGAAUUGCAUUCAAGCUUUCCCUAGUUCCUUUUCAUCAAUGGACCCCCGAUGUAUAUGAAGGCUCCCCCACUCCAGUCGUUGCUUUUAUUUCUGUUAUUUCAAAAGUAGCUGCUUCAGCUUUAGCCACUAGAAUUUUUGAUAUUAUUUUUUAUUUCUCAUUGAACGAAUGGCAUCUUCUUUUGGAAAUAUUAGCUAUUCUUAGCAUGAUAUUAGGAAAUUUAAUUGCUAUUACUCAAACAAGCAUAAAACGUAUGCUUGCAUAUUCAUCGAUAGGUCAAAUUGGAUAUAUCCUUAUUGGAAUAAUUGAUAGAGACUCAAAUAAUGGAUAUGCAAGUAUGAUAACUUAUAUGCUGCUCUAUAUUUUUAUGAAUUUAGGAACUUUUGCUUGUAUUGUAUUAUUCAGUCUACGUACAGGAAUAGAUAACAUUCGGGAUUACGCAGGAUUAUAUAUGAAAGACCCUUUUUCAGCUUUGUCUUUAUCUUUAUGUCUACUAUCUCUAGGAGGUAUUCCUCCAUUAGCAGGCUUUUUUGGAAAACUUUAUCUAUUCUGGUGUGGAUGGCAAGCAGGUUCCUAUUUAUUAGUUUCGAUAGGGCUCUUUAUGAGUGUUAUUUCAAUAUAUUAUUAUCUGAAAAUAAUUAAGUUAUUAAUGACUGAAAGAAACAAAGAAAUAACUCCCUACGUGCAAAAUUAUAGAUUAUCUUCUUCAAUCUCAAAAAAUUCUAUCGAAUUUAGUAUGAUUGUAUGUGUAAUGGCAUCUACUUUACUGGGAAUAGUAAUGAAUCCAAUUGUUGCAAUUGCCCAGGAUACAUUAUUUUAGAAAUUUAUUUCUAUAAAUCUUCUACUUACUGAAAAAAGUAAGAAUUGCCCUCAUAUUCUUAAAAUUGCAGGGAAUAGGCUUAAAUUAUCAGAUGAACUUCUAAUUACAAAAUCAACUUGAUCGUUAAAUUAGAAGUUCAUUUUGUACCAUAAAUAUACAUUUUCAU